CGCAACCAUCUUGAUCUGCACCAGCUCCAUAGCGUUGCGCAUCGCACCGUCUUCUGCCUUGCUUGCUGCUACACCAUCUUCGCAUACCAUCAUCAUCAUCAUCAUGACUACCGAUACCAUGGAGAACCCCGAGAAUGAGUGGAAGCAGGGCUGGAAGCCAAACAACCGCCCCCAGUCCACCAUUGCGAAGAACUUCAUGAGCGAGCUGGACAGCCUGUUCAAGCUCGAUGGCGACCUCGAUAGCCUCGACAAGAACGUCCACCAAAAGAAGCAAGCCGUCACCACACAAACCCAAGAGCUCGAGGCGAUAGAACGCCGCCUGCGCGAAGCCGAGGACCGACUGAAGCAAGCUGCCACCAACUCGCCGCCACGACGGAAAGACAGCCAGCGCCGCAGCCCCCUCGAAGGCACCUUUCCCACCCAAGACAAGGCGCGCGCAGACAGCCAGACCAUGGCCAACAUAGCAGAGAGGCCACACUCGUCCCGAACCGUUGAAGCCGAGAAGGCAUAGUUGCGAUCGCAUUGAACCUUACUACGAUACCACGAUACCGAGCAUCGCAUCCUUUCGGAGUAUGGAGGGCCCUGGCUUGGUGGAGCUCUUACUAUUUUUUUUAAUGGACGAUUCUUGACACCACUUUUUGGGGGAGUACUAUGGCAUUGGAACAGCAAUGAUGGAGGGGAAGGUUGGGUACGCUUUUGUGUAUUGCCGGGCCUCUGUUAGCAUCAAUGCAAUGUUCUUACU